GAUGGCGUCCUGCUAAGUCUGCUUAUAUAGUGCUCCGCUGACAAAUCUGCUUUUAACAGCUAAACUACGCUAUAUAUAAUUGUGCUACACGUAUUAGAAUCUACAUUUAUUUUACUGUGAAGUUACCUCUCAAAACUUUGAAAAUGAAAUCAGCAGCAGAUAAAAGGAAAGGAGGAGAGACACCGCGUGCUUCUCGUGUAUCUAGUAUCGUGGAUGUCCACAGCUACGCUUCUCCCGGGGAUACAUUUUUAUCUACACCGUUUCUUGAGAGCCCGGGUAAGCCGCCUUCAAAGAAAGGCAGAGCAGAGGAUGAUUCCGUGAUUUCCACGCUCUCUCAGCUAAUAAAUAACCGAUCGGAUGCCCUGGAGAAAAUGGUGGGUGAUAAUGCUCUGAAAAUUGAAGGUCUAAAGAAAACUGUUGACUAUAUCUGUGCCGAGCUUAAUGACGUUAAGGGGAAGGUUGGCCAUGUUGAAGCUAGAUUGAGCUCUGAGGAAAAGAAGAUGGAGUUCUGUGAGACAAGGAUUGCAGACUUAGAGCGUUACUCGCGUCGCUGGAAUUUACGCCUGCAAGGAGUGCCGGAGAAAGAAGGUGAAGAUAUCAGAGCUGAAUCCAUUCGUAUUUGUGUUGCCACUUUUCCAGAGGGAAGCAAAAUUCUACCGGAUAAGAUUGACACUGUUCAUCGCAUUGGGAAGAGGCCUUUGAAUACCUCUAGGCCGCGAGCCGUCAUUAUUCAGUUUUCCUCC